AUGAGUGAAACAUUCCGACAAUACAUUAAGAUUCGUACUUUUUUGGGUUAUCGACCGAAAGAAAUUCUAGUUGAAUUACAAAAUGCGUUCGGCGACGAAGCACCUAAUUAUGCCAAUAUACAACGAUGGUCAAAAAGAUUUCGUGACGCUAUUGAUAGUCCAAUAGGAAGUCCGCUUGCUUCACGAUCCAAUUUUGAAACACAAGACUAUCAACAAUUGGAUGGAAAUAAUACUAGUGAUGAUAACGAUGCUAGUCAAAUGGAAAAACAAAUUAAUGCAAAUGCAAAAAAGUCGGAAUCAACACACAACACAAAUAGAACGAGUAAUUCAAAACGAUCAACAACAGCUCGUUCCAAAUCACAACGUUUUAUAAACGAAUGA